CUGCAUGCUGUCUUCAUGGUCUUUGCGACGCGACAGUCAGAGAUUGGCAUUAAAUUUUGUUAGCGUUGACUGAAAACAGUGAAAUGUGAUCGCGAUACGAGGGUUGUUUGUCAAAGCGAGAUCAAAGCUAGUAUUAGACAAAUUAGUACGAGCAAUCUUAUUUUCCCAACCGCAUGAAGUAGAUCUACUACUACUGUACCAGUAAAGUCUUUUGAUUUCGUGCACGAGUCCCACACGACCAGCAAAGACUUAGUAGUAGAAUCUACUAGUACUACAGCUUGCUCUCGGACAAGAAAAGAUCCCAAGACUGCAAGAGGAUAUUUGGAACAUUUCUUACUCGCAACGCCGGGCCGUCAGUUGAAUUUAGUGUAGAAUAUUUCUGACGCGAAUCACGAAGCAACGGGUGGUCACUGGUCUGGGCAGAUCGCUCUGCUGUUCACGACUGAGCUCUACUCUAGUGGUGGGGGAUUUAUGGAGCACUGGGUGUGAACGGCUGGCUCGACCGAUGUAGCGCUGAGCGACGUAACUGUCGUUGACUGGAGGUGUUUUUCAGCGGGGCAAUCGCUCGCCCGAUGGACACGGUGGACAGCUGUGUUACCGAUUGUCCGAUCUGUUUCCUCUGCUACGAUGUUGCUCGGCCGCCCCUGGCCACGCCGUGCGGGCACAGCUUCUGUCGAGAGUGCGCCACCAGGCUGGCUGGAGCGGCUCCGCAUCGCAACGCCUUCACGUGUCCGCUAUGCAGAGAGCUGUGCCAGCCCGGAGCUCAGGGUCUGCGCGUCAACGCGGCGCUGCGCGCGCUAGUGGAGGAGCUGGCGGCGGCGCACCAACGGCGCGAGCGUCGACGCAACUCCGACGCGGCGGCAGUGCAGCUGAAUGCACGGAAUGGUGUUGACGUUACGUCCCCCGCAGGAGUGGCCGGUGGCGGUGGUGCGGGAGCAACCACGCCGACACGCGCGUCGCCAAGCCGACGAGAGUUCCAGUACCGGUGCCCGCGCAUAACGUACGAGGAGCUGGAACUGGAGGUGCUGAUCGACAGCGGCGCGUUCGGCGAGGUCCACCGCUGCCGCUGGCAGGGGCAGACGGUGGCGACGAAAGUGCUGCGCUGCGGCGGGGAGAUGUCGCCGGCGGCCGUGGACAGCUUCCAGCGCGAGGUGGAGGUGAUGAGCAUCCUGCACCACCCGAACAUCGUGCUGAUGCUGGGCGCGUGCGUCGAGCCGCCGCGCCUCUGCCUCGUGCUGGAGCUGAUGACCGGCGGCAGCCUGUAUGGCCUGCUGCACUGCGCGUGCGCGCGCCUGGAGGCGGUGGAGGUGCGCAGUGUGUCGCUGGACAUGGCGCACGGCCUGCAAUACCUGCACAGCCUCAACAUACUGCACCGGGACUUGAAAAGCAAGAACGUACUGCUGACGCGCUCCCUGCCACGCCAGGCUAAGCUCUGUGACUUUGGGCUGAGUCGGGUGCGUAUCGAGAGUGCCACCAUGACCGGCAACAUCGGUACUCCGCAGUGGACUGCGCCGGAAGUGCUGAACGACUCGAAGUACCGCCUGUCCGCCGAUAUAUACAGCUUUGGCAUAGUCCUACUGGAGAUUGUCACCAACAAGCUGCCGUUUGCCGGCAAGAACCCAAUGGCGAUUAUCAUGGCAGUUGGUGUCAAGAAGCAACGGCCGCCGAUUCCAGACUCAGCGCCGGCACUGCUGAAAGACCUCAUUGAGCGCUGCACGCGCUGGGAGCCCGCCGAGCGGCCCAGCAUGCUGGAGGUGGUGCGCAUACUGGAGACGUACACGGCGCCGGAACCGGACAAGGCGUCCGUGCUUUAUCAGACCCUGGCGUACUGUGACCAGCAGAGCCAGCCGGCGGAGCGUAACUGGUCGGUUGAGAGCGCCAUUCGAAGCAAGCCCACUGGCAGUGAACCUAUUGAUCUCAAUGGCUCGCUGCAGUUCAAGGGGACAGACGACAACCAGGACCCAGUUGCCACGGCUGAUGGUGCUGCAGAACAAGCCAAACCAUCUGAUAGAGCAGGCGUGCGUCCAACCACCACUACCGCGCACGCAGGCAAGGCCAUGCACGAGUCAACGGGCUCGCCACGAUCCGUCAUGGCCGCCACCUCCUUCUUCUCCCCGCUGGCCAGCACGGAGGAGGAGCUGCGGCCUCUUCACCUGGACUCCAUCUCGCCGCUGCUUCGUGACAGCCCCAUCAUCAAUAUUGUUGGUUCAAAGCAGCUGCGUCAGAGGAGCAUGGAGGGCAGUGGCAGUAGUGACGGUGCCUACACGGGAUCCGAUAGCACCAUACAGGGAUCGCCGCAAGUUUCGUCGGGAGAGGCGCAUGCAGAAGCCAUGGGCGCGGGUGCCAUAGCUGGAGCGGGUGCUGUAGCUGGUGCGGGUGCUGUAGCUGGUGCGGGUGCUAUAGCUGGCGCUGCAGCUAUGGCGACAAGCACAGCCGGAAUGCCACUAAGUGACAACCAGUCACCCGAGGAACGGACACAGAUCGAGAGCGACUUUGAAUUGGCGCUGCGCCUGCAGCGGGAAGAAGAUGAAGCCAUGGGUCGCCCAUCGACGACAGAGUACGACUCCAUGCUGGCGCAGGAGCUGUUGCAGCGUGAGCGGCAGGAGGCCUCGCUGGAUGCCAUCCCACCGCACCUACUGAGCUCACUGGACGAUACCAGCGCCGAACUAGACCCAGCCUUGGUACGGGAACAGUACCUGGCCUACGAGAGGAUCUCCGCACUGUCUCCUAACCCGCCCUAUGACCAGCCCGCUGCUGUUGGGCUUCCGCCGCCUCGUCCGCCGCCCUUGCCGCAGAGACCGAGGCGUGGUCGCGGCCGCCUGGAGUCGUUCGGUGACGAGGCAGCGCGCCACAUGGCCAUGCAGUAUGCACUGGAGGACGUGGAGACGUUCCCGUCCAACCAGCUGAGGGCCACGCGGACGGCGGAGCACUUGUGGCAGCCCACCGCAGCAGACCUGACUCAUGAUCGGCACUACGGACUGACACCCACGAAUGACGGUCCAGCGGCACGGUUUUCACCGAUGUCGUCCGUAGUUGGGAGUCCGUCCCGCGGCGUUAACGCUACUGCUGCUACUGGUGCUGCUCAUACGCCGACUACACCGACCACACCCGUGUAUCCGCCGCCCAACACGAGUCCAGGGAUUACGCGGUCGAGUAGCCGGCCAGUCGUUCCCGUACUGCCACCGCCGUCCUCGGCUGGUGCAGGGUUGCCGCCACGCCCGCCACCACUGCCUCCCCCGCUACCGGCCCUGCGUCCUGUGGACACACGUCCCAUAACCGAGCGCAUCCAUCGGGCGAACGUAUCCCAUCUUGCCAGGGCCCGCAAGUCCAACCCGCGCCGAGCGUUCAGCGCUGUCGUUGGCGAGAUACCGAAGUUUGAGCCGUGUAGGCUACAGCGCUCGCACACCGUGCAGUAUAGUGGACUACCGACACGCAGUGAGUACGUACUUGAGAAGCAGCAAAUGGAUGUCAUUGCUCGCCAGAGAGAGGUGGUCGAGGGCAUGCACAAGGAGAAGGUUGAGGAUGCCGCCAAGGGUGCCGGAACAGGCAAGGAGUCAGCGCAACAACAGCCACAGCAGCAGCAGCUAGACAGCCCGGCACUGGACCUGAUGAACCCAAGGCACACCAUUCAGCAUCUGCGUCAUAUCAAGAAUUUCCAGGACAACCUGCGCAAGGUGCGGGAGUUCAAGUCAGAAUGGCUGCACCAUGUGCCGCCCGAGAAAGAAAGAUCUGUCCUGAGCUCUGGCAUCACGAUAAGCACGAUUGCCCUGACAAUGUUUGCCGACAUGAAGAUUCGCAACAGCAAGAAGUAUAUCGGACUGCACGUUUCCAACCAGGAUGGCUGCCGUAAGAUCAACGUUGCCUUCCACCAGAAUGGAGUUGGGGUCACGACGGCGCAACAGGACGAGCGCUGGUUUGCCACCAUGGUCGGAAAGCUACCGCACGAUCAGCCGCGCUUUGUUCUCUUCGACCUGCUGUACAGCCGAACACGAGACCAACGCUCGAACGAUGUGCACAUCGCGUGCAAGCUGAUUUUAGUGUUCUGGUGUCCGGACAGCGCAUCCGUUGGCCAGAAAAUGAUCUACGCUUCGUCCAAGGGUGCGUUACGACAGCAGCUGGGCGGAGGUGUGACCAAGGAGUAUCGAGCGCAGUGCCAUGCCGACUUGGAGUAUGCCAAGGUGUCAGCUUGCAUCAGAUAGUCCCGAGUGUCUCAGACAGUCUGCCCGCGCUAUUGGCGCAUUCACCGCCAGCUAGCUGCCCAUGAUGCAGUAUUCAUGGGUCUGUUCUGACACUGGCCCCGAGCACACUCCGUAGAAUCACUACUUGCUUGAGCAUGCAUUCAAUGAUCCUGUAGCACGCACAUUAGACACCCACAGACUUGAACACACUCUCUCUCUCUCUCUCUCUCUCUCUCUCUCUCUGUGUGCACAUCCGCACGACCACGCCUCUUAUAUUGAUGCCUGCGAUCACAGACAAUGCUAGUCGCCUAGACUUGCAUCGCAGGCUAACUAUUUGUUUUGCAAAUUGACCCCCGGUUGAGGAUUUCUACACUUGAUUCGUACCCUGAAUUAUUUUUCUUGUCUGAUGAACGCUUGACUGGCUAUUUCUAAAUAGAUAUUCCAGUAGCACUUGUAUGUGACAGUAGUUAUAAGUUAUUAGCUACGCCUGGCUCAGUAGUAUUUUUUGUAGAAAUGUUCACAUGCCAGCAGGCCAUGCAGGUUUAGGUGUAUGAGGAAUCUACCCGGGAUUUAAACUAGCUUAACGUUAUGCAGUAGAAGUCUUCGUAUUAGUGCCACAAAACAUGCCAAAUAUGAAUUAUGAAAAUGUGAAAUUGCUUUGUAAGUUUCUAAUCCCUUCCCACUUUGUGUACGUGCUCUUCAUUUUCUUUUUUCUCUUCUUCCGUGGUUGGUCUCACCCUCUCCUCAAUUCAAUUGGCUGUCUUGACAUGCCUGGCCACGAGGUGCAGAAAUAUAUAAAUAAAUAAAAUAAAGUGGCGUAGAGCCGGUAUCUGAGCCAGGGAGUAGUUAAUUUUAUUUUUAUUUUUUUAUUCUCAUUUUACUGUAGUUGGACUACUCCCUGUAAUUGUACUACUCCCUGAUCUGAACCAGCAGGUUACCAUGGUUACAUAGCCCA